AUGGCGUCUGCAAGGAGUAAGAUGUUGCACUCAAAAGAAGGUAAGGAAGAGGAGCGUAGAUCAGCAGCAGCAGCUGACAAAGAGGAAGAGGAAGCGAAAAUCGCGAGCUUCCUGGAGCAGAUCAAAGAUCUGACCAUAUUACCCUCUAUGUUGGAUAUCGAAAAGAACGCCAAGUGCUCCAAUCUCUUGGAGGGCUGGAUGAGUAGUUGGAGGAGCAUGGAAUUGAAAGGGAUAGAUCUCGGGGAUGUGAAACAUUAUAGUGAUGCAGAGCUCCGCGACUUCACUAAUGGAUACAGUGAGGACAACUUAUUCUGUCGGGCUCGUCAUGGCCGAUUGUUUAAGGCCAGGGAUUACAAUAACAGGAAAUUGGCUGUCAAAACUUUGGAUGUUUACUCUCCUUUUAGAUUAUUUUCACAUCUAACACCGCCUAGACUCCAUGAUGUAAUUGUGCUUCUCAGAGACCCCUUGAUUAAAUCUCAUCCCAACUUUGUCAAACUGAUUGGAUAUAGCUGUGAAAGAAAGUUGGCAUUUGUGCUUGAUCUUGAUCCGAAAACAAGUGUCCACGAACUCCUCGCUUCCGACGAUUUUGGAUGGGAUGCUCGUAUGAAAGUGGCUAUGGAUUUUGGCCGUGUCUUAAAAUUAUCUCAUGAAAAUCUGAUCAUUUAUGGGGAUAUUGAUGCCAAGGACUUAAUCUUCGAUCAUCAGGACUCGAAUGCCAAGUUCUUUGAUUUUGGUCUUCAUCAACGUGUAAAAAACAAGGAUGAGAAGAUUGAGGUUCAAUGCGUAUUUGAUGGUUUUGGGUAUAUUGGUCCGGAGAUUUACGAAUAUACAGAACGUAAAUGGUCAAUGAAAUCAGAUGUGUUUGCAUACGGCAUUCUACUUUUGAAUCUGAUCUGUAAGAAACAAGGGACUGAUGGCAUCUGGAUUAAACAAAUUAAAGAUGGAGAAAUUAUAACCGUGAGCGAUAGUUUUGAGGUAGAUGAGCACACUAAAUCUGGUAUCAUCGGUUUGGCAAUGUCGUGUGCGAACCUGGACUGGACCUGUCGACCGGAUAUGGGGACUGUGGUCAAGAAUUUGGAAGAUUUGAUUGGCAGAACAAAGUCGCUCAGUAGUGCCUCGUAG